ACCACCGACUGCACGACCUCCAUCUCCACUCCAUCGUCUUGCCCGCCCUGCCGUCAAGAUGAGCUUCUUCCAAAAGCGCGGUCUCUCGACCCUCAUUCCCCCCAAGAUUGCUUCUCCCAAUGCUAUCGGCUCCUCUCCCAAUGCCGUCCGCAUGCAGAAGGUUGUGAGCUUCUACGAGAAGCUGCCCCGUGGCGCCGCUCCCGAGCCCGAAGCCAAGGGUCUUCUCGGACGCUAUGCAAAGAAGCACAUGGGAAAGAACCCCUCAGGAAGGCCGCUCGUUCACGUCAUUGGCGUCUUGAUCGCCUUUGGCUACGCACAAAACUACUACUUCCAUCUUCGCCACCACAAGAACAACGAGCACUAAGCGAGUCUUAUGCGCUGGCCAAUACGAGCGAAUAGACAGGAAUUGUAUAUGUAAAGUGUAGUUGGUGAAUGAAGCAUCUAGCCAAGACAGUCUCCUCUCCUAUCAUGCCUAUCAUGCGCCUCAUGUGUGGGUUUCUUGUUCAAGUUUCAAGCUCAACUGUUAUGGAUUGGCCCCCUCAAGUUUCAAUACGGCCCUGUAGUGGCUGCACCAUGAUGCGCAAGCAAACGCAUCGUCUCAGAAGGGGUGAAAAAUGCAUGUGCCUUAUCGCGA